AUGGCCAACCAAGGCUCCAUGGCCACCCAAAGCGUCAUGGCCAACCAAGGCUCCCAGGACCACUUAGAGACUAAGGCCAACCAAGGCUCUGUGGCCAACCAAGGCCCCAUGGCCAACCAAAGCGUCAUGGCCAACCAAAGCGUCAUGGCCAACCUAGAGACCAACGUCAAGGACAGCUCCGUGGCCCGGUUAGACUUGAAGGUCUACCAGGGCCCCACAGCCAACCGAGGCUCUAAGGACUAUCUAGAAACCAAGGUCAACCGAGGCCCUGUAGCCUGUCUAGACCUGAAGGUCCGCCAAGGCUCGAUGGCCAACCGAGCCCCCAAGACCCACCUAGAGAUCAAGGUCCACCAAAGCCCCGUGGCCCGUUUAGACCUGAAGGUCCCCGAAAGCUCGAUGGCCAACCGAGGCCCCACAGCCAACCGAGGCUCCGCGCCCCGUCUGGAGACCAAGGUCAACGCGGGCGCCGUGGCCCGUCCGGUUCUGAACGUCCGACGGCGCCCCGCAGCCAACCGAGCCUCCGAGGACCACCUAGAGACCAAGGUCACCCAACACCCCGCGGCCCAUUUAGAGACCAAGGUCAACCGAGGCCCCGCGGCUCGUCUAGACUUGAAGCUCCGCCGAGACCCUACGGCCAACCGAGGCUCCGCCGCCCGUCCGGAGACCGAGUUCCGCCAAACCCCGGUGACCGACUGGGCCGCCCCAUCCCGCCCGUGUCCCCGCGUCCCCUUGGGCAUCCACCUGGGCUUGGUGCUGCUGACCUUGGGGUCCCUGCUGCUACCGGGCGCCUCGGGGGCGGCGCUGGAGUUCGGGGGCGCCCCGGGCCAAUGGGCGCGCUACGGGCGGUGGGCGCCGGGGGCCGGCGGCCAACUGAGCUUCAGCUUGAAGACCAACGUCUCCCGGGCGUUGCUGCUCUACCUGGACGACGGCGGCAACUGCGACUUCUUGGAGCUGCUGGUGGCCGAGGGGCGCCUUCGCCUCCGUUUCGCCAUCGCCUGCGCCGAACCCGCCACGGUCCAACCGCCGGCGGCGGUGAGCGACGGCCGCUGGCACAUGGUGCUCCUCACCCGUAACGCCCGCGAAACCGCCUUGGCCGUGGACGGGGAGGCGCGGGCGGCCGCCGUCCGCUCCAAGCGGGCCGAGAUGGCGGUGGCCAGCGACCUCUUCGUGGGGGGGAUCCCGCCCGACGUCCGCCUCUCGGCGCUGACGCUCAGCACCGUCAAGUACGAGGCGCCCUUCCGCGGUUGGUUGGCCAACCUGAAGGUCGGCGACGUGCCGGCGGCGCUCUUGGGCGCCCAAGGGGUGCGGGGCGAGGGGGAAGAACGUUGCGCCCGUCACCCGCCCUGCGCCCACGGCGGCCGCUGCACCCUGGGCGUGCAAGGAGCAGGGCUGGUGCAUCGCACGAGGGGCCGGGAGGAAUACGUGGCCACCUUCAAAGGCAACGAGUUCUUCUGCUACGACCUGUCCCACAACCCCAUCCAGAGCAGCACGGACGAGCUGACGCUCUCCUUCCGCACGCUGCAGCGCAACGGGCUGCUGCUGCACACCGGCAAGUCGGCCGACUACGUCAACCUCUCGCUGAAGAGCGGCGCCGUCUGGCUCGUCAUCAACCUGGGCUCCGGCGCCUUCGAGGCGCUGGUGGAGCCCGUCAACGGCAAGUUCAACGACAACGACUGGCACGACAUCCGCGUCACCCGCAACCUGCGACAGCACGCAGGGAUCGGACACGCUAUGGUAAACAAACUGCAUUACCUGGUGGUCUACAAGAACAACGACUUCAAGCUGGAGCUGUCGCGCCUGGCGCAGGAGGGCGACGGGCGGGUGACGCUGCACGGCGCCCUGCUCUUCCGCUGCGAGGCCGUGGCCGCCCUGGAGCCCGUCACCUUCGGGACGCCGCAGGCCUUCCUGGCGCUGCCGGCGUGGCGGGCGGCACGCGCCGGCUCCGUCUCCUUCGACUUCCGAACCACCGAAGCCAACGGGCUCCUGCUCUUCGGGCAGGGGCGGCCGCAGGGGCCCGGCCACCCCCGGCCCGACUACUUCGCCCUGGAGCUGCUGGACGGGCACCUCUACCUGCUGCUGGACAUGGGCUCCGGCGGCAUCAAGGUGCGCGCCAGCGCCCGCAAGGUCACCGACGGCGAGUGGUGCCACGUGGACGUGCAAAGGGACGGCAGGAAAGGCUCGGUGUCGGUGAACAGCCGCAGCACCCCCUUCUUGGCGAGCGGCGAGAGCGAGGUGCUGGACCUGGACUCGGAGCUUUACCUGGGGGGGCUCCCCGAGGGGCGGCCGGGCCCCCCGCUGCCCCCCGAGCUCUGGACGGCCUUUCUGCGCUACGGCUACGUGGGCUGCGUCCGCGACCUCUUCGUCGACGGCCGCAGCCGCGACGUGCGACGGCUGGCGGAGGCUCAGGCCGCCCCGGGGGUCACCCCCUUCUGCGCCCGCGAACCCCCCCGGCACUGCGCCAGCGGGCCCUGCCGCAACGGGGGGCUCUGCCGCGAGGGCUGGAACCGCUUCAUCUGCGACUGCCUCGGCACCGGCUACCUGGGACCCCGCUGCGAGACGGAGGCGGCGGUGCUGAGCUACGACGGCAGCAUGUACCUGAAGAUCCUGGUGCCGGGGGCGGCGCAGACGGAGGCGGAGGACGUGGCCCUGCGCUUCAUGUCCCCCCGCGCCUACGGCCUCGUCCUGGCCACCACCUCCCGCCAGUCGGCCGACACGCUGCGCCUCGAGCUGGAUGGGGGACGCAUGAAGCUCACCGUCAACCUGGGGCAGAUGUCGGGCGCCCACACCCGCCUGGAGUUCCACAACAUCGAGACGGGCAUCGUGACGGAGCGGCGGUUCCUGGCCGUGGUGCCCUCCAACUUCUUGGGCCACUUGAGCGGGCUCCUCUUCAACGGGCUGCCCUACCUGGACCUCUGCAAGAACGGGGACAUCAGCUCCUGCGAGCUCAACGCCCGCUUCGGCCGACGGACCAUCGUGGCCGACCCGGUGGCCUUCCGGGGCCGCGGCUCCUACGUGGCGCUGGCCACGCUGCAGGCCUACGCCUCCAUGCACCUCUUCUUCCAGUUCAAGACCACGGCGCCCGACGGCCUCAUCCUCUUCAACAGCGGCAACGGCAACGACUUCCUCGUCGUCGAGCUCGUUAAGGGGUACAUCCACUACGUCUUCGACCUGGGCGACGGCCCCUCGCUGAUGAAGGGGAACUCGGAGCAGCCGCUGCACGACGGGCGCUGGCACGAGGUGUCGGUGGCCCGGGAGGGGGGGACCCUGCACGGGCUGCGGGUGGACGGGCGCCCCGUCACCCAGCACGGCCAGGGCGCCCGCAACCUCGACCUCAAGGGUGAGCAGGGGGGCGGCGGCGGGGAGGCACCCCUGUACAUCGGGGGCGUCAGCAAGGGGCUGCUGGGGCGGCUGCCCAAGCUGGUGGCCUCGCGCGGGGGCUUCCAGGGCUGCCUGGCCUCCCUCGACCUCAACGGCCGCCUGCCCGACCUGCUGGCUGACGCGCUGCACCGCGUGGGCCACGUCCAGCGCGGCUGCGACGGCCCGAGCACGACGUGCACGGAGGAGUCGUGCGCCAACCAGGGCGUCUGCCUGCAGCAGUGGGACGGCUUCACGUGCGACUGCACCAUGACCUCGUACGGGGGCCCCGUCUGCAAUGACCCGGGCACCACCUACAUCUUCGGGAAGGGGGGGGCACUGAUCACCUACACGUGGCCCCCCAACGACCGGCCCAGCACCCGCGCCGACCGCCUGGCCCUGGGCUUCAGCACCCACCAGCGCGACGCCGUCCUGCUGCGGGUGGAGAGCGCGGCCGGCCUGGGGGACUUCCUCCAGCUCCACAUCGCGCAGGGGGCCGUGGGGGUGCUGUUCAACGUGGGGACCGAGGACAUCGCGCUGGAGGAGCGGGGGGCGGCCGUCAGCGACGGGCGCUUCCACGUCGUCCGCUUCACCCGCAGCGGCGGCAACGCCACCCUCCAGGUGGACGGCGGCCCCCUGCACGAGCGCUACCCCCCAGGCAGCGGGGACAGCGAGCGGCUGGCGCUGGCGCGGCAGCGCAUCCCCUACCGCCUGGGGCGGGUGGUCGAUGAGUGGCUGCUCGACAAAGGUAACUCGUCAGCGCCGCCCUAA